AUGGAGACUUCUACCUCAUUGGACUUGUCUAUACCCUCUAUACCCUCCCCAAACAACGAAUCGAGGGUACAAUUACUCGACAUUGAUUCGAGUCCACAUUUGGAUGAGAAAUUGGGAUUUGAUGCAUCAUCACAAUUAGACAUAGACAGAUGCAGUAGUCAUGAUACCCUGACCCCACAGCCAUUCUCUGUAUGGACGUCGAUAUGGUUUUACCUGCUCCUUCUGGCUCACUGGUUGGCCUUCUUCGCAACGUUUUUGGAUCAAUUCGCCGUUGUCUUGCUCAUAAUUAGCAUAUUUGGAACAGCUUCUUCUCUUGUCUAUACGUCCUUGUAUGGGCUGGUGGUCGUUGGUAUCUGCUUUCUCGUCGCUCCCGUCCUCGCUGGUCGAGUUGACGUCUGGAACAGAUCUUCGAGCAUAUCGAUCGCUGUAAUCGGCAUGCAGCUAGGCCAAAUUAUAGUGUACAUAUCUCUAUACCUCAUCUCAGCACAGUCUAGUCCACAGUCAACUGCUGCUUCAGGAUUGUUUGCACUCACGCUAUUCGGGGCUACAAUGGCUCGAUCGUGCUUCGGAAUGCAUAUGGUCGUAGUGGAACGGGAUUGGCUUGUAGUUAUAUGCCAGAUAUUUAUAAAGCAGGAAUCAUCUCUCUUGUCUAUCGUCAACGCCAAUCUCAGGAGAAUCGAGCUCGUCGCAAAAAUCAUCGCACCUUUAAUAGUGUCAGGAAUAUUAUCGUCUACAUCUAGGAGUGUCGCUAUAUUGAUAUUUGGAAUCAUACGGAUAGUGUCGCUGUUUGGAAUGUUGCUGUGCUUUUGGGGUGUAUACAAACGAUUUCCAGAACUCGCGUCGCCAAAGCAACCCCAUCGGGAGAUUCAAGACGCUUCGAUACCAACUGUAAUUAGGUGGUAUAAUCAAGUAAAACACGCUUGUACGACCUUUGCUAGCCAGAAGGUCGUACUCACAUCUAUAACGACAGCCAUUCUGUGGAUGUCCGUCUUGACAUUCUCGUCUCAAACGCUUACAUAUCUCACAUAUAAAGGAUACUCGAGCUUCGAUAUUAGUGUGCUAAAAAGUGGCAGUGAGGUCUGCGGACUUUUGGCUGCCUUGACCAUGACAGUCAUAAUACGAUAUAUAGGGACGAACCGAUCGGGUCUCAUAGGUAUAUGGCUUCAUGUCUUCUUCUUGGCUUUUACCAUGAUAUCCUUUGGUAUAUCCGACAUAACGGCAGCCAUGACUCUUUUCGUCGGUGGCCUGCUACUCUCGCGAUUUGGUUAUUGGGUCUUUGAUCUCAGUCAGUCACAGAUAAUGCAAGAAGGUGUACUUUCCUCAGAAGCAGGGAUUGUGAAUGGGUUACAGUGGUCUUGCAUACACUUCUUUGAAAUUAUCAGUCAUGUUCUGACUCUGAUUUGGAAUACUCCUCAACAACUGUAUAUACCCUCUAUCAUCUCUUUCGUCGGUCUUUUGGUAGCUGGGCUCUUGUUUACUUGCUACUAUUGGAGGGCUACGCGACAACAAGUUCUGAAACAAGUCUGA